CUUCCGUGGUCGGAGGCGGGAGGUCGCGGUCUUGGGCUAGCAACCCGGGGAGGGCAGUGUGGCCUUGACCCGGGCGCGGUGUCCGCGAACGGCCCGUGUGGGCCUGCCCUGGAGGACGGGAACAGUCUUCCCUCAAGCAGCUUACAGUCUAGUGGGAACGCAGCUAGUGCCGUAAUCGAACUGUGUUGGAAGGGUGGGGCUGAUGGGCAGGAAAGAGAACAGGUUUUUAUCUGGCUAGCAGUGACAAAAGUUGUUUGUUUCCCGCCUGGACGACCGGCAAGCCGUGGACACUUUGUCUUUGAUUUUCUUAUAUAUCGUAAAGGGAGGGCUGGCGAUGUGGCUUAAUGGUAGAGCGCUUGCCUACCAUGCUCAAGGCCCUGGGUUCAAUCUUCAGUACUGUAAAAAACAAAUAAAAGUGAAGCCUGGUAUUUGUCAGCUUCCUACGCUGUGGAGUGUGCAGCUUAAAUCACUAAAAUUAUUGUGAAUAUUAAAUAAUGUUUGCUAGUAUUGUAAGCUUUUGAAGAACGUUGGGCCAAUAGUUUUCUGAGAGCCCUUACACUUGUAAGGCCAUUUCAGUGCAGGUCUGGGAGGGAUCUUGGUUAAACUGGCCUCACCUGUGAGAGUUUGUACAGUAUUUUAUCUCGAGACUCUCGCUACUAACAGAAUAUACGUUUUAUUAAAAUGCUGGGUUUCUGUCGGAUUUACAAUGUACAGGUUGUCUCUUAGUUAAAAUCAACUGUUCUGGAGUUGAAUGUGAUAGCUCUUUUAACCUUGUUUGGUCUGAUAUAUCUAUGCAGUACUGCUAUAAACCAGUAGGUGGUAGCCCCUUCAAAAAUGCCUUCUUGUCUUCUCAUUAUAAUGAAUUUACAACUCCCUGCAAUUUUUCUUUUUUUAAUUGCCCCGUUUCUAAGGGUGGGAUGAAGUAAUCCUCUAAGGAUAUUUCUCUAGCCAUUGUCCUAUUAGUUUUAAGUCAAUAAAUCCAAGUAAACAUUGCUUUGUUCAGCAUUAACAAAUGUGAAGGUUAUUAGUGCUAUCCUAGGAACAGGAUGUGGUCUUUGACUUCCUAGGACUUAAAUUCUGCUGGGAGACAGAAAAACAGUCCAUUACAAUCCUGUGUUGAUUAUGGAAGAUUCCCACAAGAGUAACACUUCAGAGACUACACCUCAACCUGGUUCAACAGUUCAGGGAACUCAUAUUUCUCAUAUUGCUCAACAGGUAUCAUCUUUGUCAGAAAGUGAGGAGUCUCAGGACUCAUCUGACAGCAUAGGCUCCUCACAGAAAGCUCACGGGAUCCUAGCACGGCGUCCAUCUUACAGAAAAAUUUUGAAAGACCUCUCUUCAGAAGAUACACGGGGCAGAAAAGGAGACGGAGAAAACCCUGGCGUUUCUGCUGUUACUUCUAUGUCUGUUCCAACUCCGAUCUAUCAGACUAGCAGCGGACAGUAUAUUGCCAUUGCCCCAAAUGGAGCCUUACAGUUGGCCAGUCCAGGCACAGAUGGAGUACAGGGACUUCAGACAUUAACCAUGACAAAUUCAGGCAGUACUCAACAAGGCACAAUUCUACAGUAUGCACAGACCUCUGAUGGACAACAAAUACUUGUGCCCAGCAACCAGGUGGUUGUACAAACUGCAUCAGGAGACAUGCAGACAUAUCAGAUCCGCACCACACCUUCGGCUACUUCACUGCCACAAACUGUGGUGAUGACAUCCCCUGUGACUCUGACAUCUCAGACAGCUAAAACAGAUGACCCCCAAUUGAAAAGAGAAAUAAGGUUGAUGAAAAACAGAGAAGCUGCUCGAGAAUGUCGUAGAAAGAAGAAAGAAUACGUGAAAUGCCUGGAAAAUCGAGUUGCAGUCUUGGAAAAUCAAAAUAAAACUCUAAUAGAAGAGUUAAAAACUUUGAAGGAUCUUUAUUCUCAUAAAAGUGUUUGAUUCUUAAGAAAGUAUUUUUGUGGACUUACCUAAAAAAUAGGUGGAUUUUUUUUUUUUUUUUUUUUUUUUUUUUUUAGUGGAGUUUUAUAAAUUAAAAGGUCAAAAGUGAAGCUAGUUUUUAUUUAGGCUUUUGCAACUCAAAGAUAAAUGUCUUAUGCAAGAGAUCUGGUGACAGAGGAUAAAGUGGAAAAUGACCUCAAGGAAGCUACUGGCACAACUGGAAGCUCUGUAAAAAUUAAAACAUACUCGAAGCAAGAAAUGAACUUUCAGCAAUUUGAAUUUUCUAAAUAAUAGUUGUUAAUCCAAAAAUGGCAGAUAAAAUGGAUUUGGUAAAUUGAAUUUUAGAAAAUAAAUCAAUUUACCCUGUAGGUUUGCAUUUCUUACGGUUUCCUGAAAUUUACCUUUUUUCAGUUGUGUAUUUCAUUUCUACCAGUAAAUUCUAAAUUACAAAUGUAAAAGAAAACCUGAUUAAUACAUUUCUAAAUAUAUAAAUUAUGUGUUCUGAUUAUGUAUGUGUGUUCUAUUGACAAUGGGUUUUUAAAAGUUUGUUGGACUUGAAAGGGUUUUUUGAAACUGGGUUAACUAUUUUUAAGGUCUUAUCCUAAAAAGCAUCUAAGGUACAUGAAUGGAAUAUGGUAAUUUUGUAACAUUUUUAUCAGAAUGGAAACAGAACUGUUUAAAAGUUUGAUACUUUCAAAUAGUUUGUUUUUUGCUUACUCUGGUAAGGGAGAUUUUUUUUUUAUAGAUAUAUAAUAAAUUGGUUUUUUGAUUCUAUAUCCUGUAUACAGUUGAAUAUCCAAUAAUCUGUCAUGCUUUAAUAGAAUGAAAUGUUUACAGACCCUUUAAAAUACUAUUUUUUAAAAACCUUCUGAAGAUGCAUACCAAAGUUUUUCCAAGAUUUUAUAAUCAGUUUAAUGUAAGGAUUAUCAGGUUCUAAAAUAGUAAAAGUUUUUAAGGCAAUUUUAUGUUAGAGACUAUUUGUAAUAUGUAGCAAAUGGUACCUUUAUAAGAAAAGUGACUGCCAAUAUAUUUUUAUAGCUAAUCUUUAUAAAUUCUAAUGUUGAGUUUUUAAUGAUUAUUUUAAAUGUUUAUAUAGUUUAUUUAGUCAAAACUUGCAUCUCAAAGUAUCAUUUUUAUAUUACGGGAGGUAAAGUUCAAAUUGGCUAAUAUUUAAAUUUUAAGUUUUAUAUGCAGUUUAUCUAACGUUCAAAAUACUGUCAUUACACCAGUGUUUAACCUCUGUAUCCUAAUUUGUAUACACUUUGAAACUGUACUGCAAAACUAUUGUGUGCUUCUUAUACUGUGCUUCAUAUUGUCUAUGAAAUUAAAAGACAUUUGAUAAAAUCAGGGUUGUUGAAUGCAAAAUAUAAUGCUUAAUAUACAAAUGAUAACCUUGCUGAUAAACUAUUGUUAAUUAUACUAACUAUACUGCUUUUCUAAUUUUAAAGUGAGGAUAAGCUUAACAGUUCUAGUAUAUACAACCUGUUUUAAAGGGGAAUAUAUUUGUUUUGACUCAGUCAGAAUCAAUUAUAAUAAACUAAGCUAAAAUUUCUGCUCUACAUGUGUUAAGACAUUGUUGAGGAGUCUAUGAUUUAGAAACCUUUACCUGACUGAUAAAUUUGUGAUUGGUCCUCCUAAUGAAAUUUUUCAUUUAAAGGAUCUUUAAAUGGGGCUCCACUGACUUGCCAACAGUUUAGGAAAAGGGGGGGGAAAAGAUCAUUCCAGAGAUUACUUACAUCAUGUAUUACCUUGUGUAAAGCCAGAAUCUCAAAGCAGUGGCCCAUUAGGCCUGAAGAUUAUGAACAGGUAGAGUCAUCUGUAAAAAGUAUUUUAAUAGAUAGUAUACUAGGUAGAUGUUAUGUCUGAUUACAAGUCUAGUUCUUGAUGCCUUUACAGCUGAAUACCUGCAAAUAUUUGUGAAUUCUUUGCUGCCUACAGACUUGUGAUGUAGGGCCUUGCUCGUUAGACCCAGUCACUCAGUCCAACAAUAUGUAAUAGGCCUGGCCAUGCCUAUUACAUACUGAUGGUACUAUAAAUGUAUACCAGAUUAUUUUCCUGUUUGUCUAAAGCAAUGUGGAGCUUAUCAAGAUUUUAAUAAAAAUUGAGAUUAUGAUCCAAACAUGAAAUUAGAUUUGAGAAUACAAUAGAUCAAACUCAAGUGUUUUACAAGUAAUUAUCAACUUAUAUGUUUAUUGAUGGAAGUAAUUACUGCCCAUAAACACACCUAAGGCACAUGAUAUAAGAUAUACUUUUAGUUGAACGGAGCCUAAAGAA